AUGGCCAACCAAUCAACAGUGACAGAGUUCCUUCUGAUGGGAUUUUCUGAUGACCGUGACAUGCAGAUUCUGCAUUUUGUGAUGUUCCUCUUCAUUUACUUAAUAGCCUUAGUGGGAAAUCUCCUCAUUAUUACAGCUGUGAUCCUAGACCAUGAUCUACACAGUCCCAUGUACUUCUUUUUGGUCCACCUAUCACUUUUGGAUAUUGGCAACAUCUCCACUACUGUUCCCAAAUCCUUAAGCAAUUCUCUGAUGAACAGCAAGCUGAUUUCCUUGGGUGGGUGUGUCACACAGAUACUUUUAGUGAUCACAUUUGUUGGUGGUGAGGAUGCCAUUCUGACCAUCAUGGCUUUUGACCGUUAUGUUGCCAUCUGCCAUCCUUUACAAUAUAGGCUAAUCAUGAACAGAAAUGCAUGCAUCCAAAUGGCAGCUGCUUCCUGGAUAAGCAGCCUAAUUCAUGCAGUGAUAGAAACCACUUCAACGUUCACAUUAAAUUUCUGUGGGCCCAAUACAAUUGGGCAGUACUUCUGUGAUCUACCUCAGUUACAAAAGAUUUCUUGUUCGGAUACAAAAAUCAACCAGCUACUGGUUUUGGUCAUUGGGCUCACUUUCAACUCAUUUUUUUCAAUAUUCAUCUUUGUUUCCUAUGGUUACAUCUUCUCUGCUGUCCUGAAAAUUCCAUCAGUUCAAGGCAGACACAAAGCUUUCUCUACCUGCAUUCCCCACCUGACUGUCUUUUCUAUAUUUAUUAUCACAGCAGUGUUUUCCUACAUGAGGCCCAAAACACUUUCCUCCCCCACUGUGGACUUGGUUGCUGCUGUUUUGUACACAGUUUUGCCCCCAGUUCUGAAUCCCUUCAUUUAUAGCUUCAGGAACAGGGACAUCCAAAAAGCUGUGUUGAAACUACCCACCAAAAUAAAAAAUAAAAUCUUCUAG